AUGUACGACUUUCUGGUGCUCCCCGAGUUUUCCGAGUCCGACUUGGACCUGGGAUACGACCAUUCCAACGUGGCCAACGCCUUUCCCGAGCAGCUCACCGACUCCAUAGGUGGCAACACCUUUGCCGGGUUGUUGGACACAGAUGUGAGAGAGAGAGGAAGAAACGAGAACGACACAAACAUGUUUGGAGUCACAUCUCUCGACUCAGCUCCGGUUGCCCUCGACUCAGCUCCUGUUGCCACCGACUCAGUGCCUACCUCCGCCACCACCACCUCCUCCACCGACUUUUUUCCGUACUACACAUACGACUCGUCCGCCAUGGCGAUUGAUGACGUGGUGUUUCCCGCCAUGCUGUCGCCGUCCAUGUCUUCGGAGGGCACGUCGCCCACGCUCAUGUCGUCGGACUCGCUGUUCGAUCAGUCGUACGACUUUGACAAGUCACAGACCGGAGGUGGAGUGACACAGAGUCUAAGUGGGGGAGUGACACAGAACCACGGAGUCACACAAAACCAAAGCCACAACUCCAAAGACAAGGAUCUCGAGCUCGACUCGUUCAUGCCAAUGUCUUUGCGUCAGCCUCUCCAUGUGUCUCCUCUCCAGACGUCUCCUCUCCAGACGUCUCCUCUCCAGACGUCUCCUCUCCAGACGUCUCCCCUCCAGACGUCCCCCAUUGCCUGCCAACCGACCCCCGUCCAUUCCCGCUCGCAGUCCUACUCUCUUCCGUACGAUCCUGCCCCCGCACUGAUCAACGGCAAUCAUACCCAGCAGUCCCACAACCACGUCGCAGGUGGUCACCACUCCCACAACCACAACCACAACCACAACCACAACCACAACCACAAUGCUGGCCACUCCCACAAUGUCGCCUCCAACAACCCCUCGCCAGACUCGUCGGAGUGCGAGUCUGAUGACGACGAGGAAGAACUGUCGCUGGACGACUCUCCCUCGGCCCACGGCGUGCUGUUCAAAAACCUGUCGCAGGACGAACAGACAAAGUACCGCAAGUACCACUGCCCCGUGUGCAAAAAGUACUUUCGCCGGGACCUGCCGCGCCAUCUGCGCAUCCACCAGCGCGUGGCGCGGUUUGUGUGUCCCUACCCCCGGGACCAAUGCUCGCACAAGCGGGGCCAGUUCAACCGGCCCUACGACUACAAGAAGCACCUGCUCCACUCGCAUUUCCAGUUUGACGAGGCCAAGCUGGUACGUGGGUUCCGCGACCUCAAGUCCAAGCUCAGCCAUUACGGCACCUGCAACUGUGGUCGUCGGUUCCGCGCAGACAAGUGGCUGGAUGACCAUGUCAUGAAGUGUCUCAAGGAGAUGAAUUAA